UUCCUGCGCUUGCUAACAGUCUAUAUAAGGUUUUAUUGUCAUGUUUAAUGACAGCUGUGAACAUAGCUUAUACUCCUUCAGUUGAAGGUGUUGAGGAGGGCUGAGACUGCUGGCCACGAGAAGGCAGGAUACAGUAGACUGCAGGAUCAGUUUCCCGGAGGACGUGUCCGAACAGGCGCCGCUCAACUGUAGAACAAAAGACACGUACGAAACGAGUUUCCCCACGUACUGGAAACGAACGGCGCAAGGACCGUGGCAAGUCUGGGCAAACAUAUACUAAUCAUCUGUCACCAUGUGGAGCAUAUAAUUGAUUUGUCAUUUUCUUGAACGAUCAAUCAUGUGUGCAAUUAACUAUGAAGCACUGACUACAGUAAUAUACAGUGGGCGGCUCUAGUCGCCCAGAUUUCGAACGGUUUCUCUCACCAUUGAAAUAUUUCCACACUUGCAAAAGGUCUGAAGAGCAGUGUUGCACUCUCAUAUCUAUGGACUCGUAACAUAAGCUUACCAAUUUGUUCAUCAUCACGUCAAUUCCAGACUGAAACCCACUGAACAGCCAACAGGUUCCAUUUGGACGCCCAAAUAGCAUGUGAUGCAAGACGCGACCGGUAUUUGUUGAUCAGCGAUGGAUAUAGUAAACAUAAACGUGUCGGGGAAAAAAUUCACAAUUCGUAAAAGCGUUCUCCUACGGUUUCCGCAGACAAAGCUUGGACGUCUGACAGAAAAAUGGCCAGAAUACAAUCCGGAAGAAAACGAGUUCUUUUUCGACAGAAACCCCAAAGUGAUGCUGUCAAUUUUCGACCUGUAUCGCACUGGAGAACUACAUCUUCCUAAAAAUGUUUGCAGUUUUACUGUGAAAACAGAACUGGACUUCUGGCAGAUUGACGAAUCGUUGAUAUCGGAAUGCUGCUGGAAGACGUACACUACGACACUGAAGGCUAAGGCUGUGAUAGACGUGAUAGAGAGGUCCCUUAACGAACACCCCUUCGUCAAAACAGAGGAACUGACGACGAGGCAGCACUUUUGGAUGACCAUGGAGUUCCCCCAACAUUCCAUAGUUUCCAAGAUAUGGUUCACGGUCUACAUGCUCUUCGUGUCAAUGGUCGUCGUCAUCGCCUGUCUGUACACAAUACCACAACUACGGGAACCUUUGAGGGAGGAGGACUCCCAUCUUGAAAGCGACUCCAUCCUGGAAAUGCUGUUGAAGUCUGAGAUGAAAGGCACCAUCUACAGCCUGGAUCUUGCCUGCCUAGUCUUCUUCACUGUAGAGAUCCUCACCAAGUUUGUCAUUUGCCCCGAAAAGAAACGAUUUUUUACGUUCGGUCUGAACAAUCUUGACAUGAUAUUGACAUCAAUUAUGUGGAUUGCAGUCAUUUUAGAUCAAAUACCUGCAGUUGAACACGUCCAUACUGCUCAUACUGUACUACGGGCCAUGUUCUGUUUAAACGUGCUGCGUAUAUUCCACCUUGGAAAGUCGUCCAAUGUUAUGAAAUUGUUGCUAUUCACAAUGAAAGCGAGUUUAAGUGCGUUUGGUCUGCUUUUGGUUACGUUAACGAUGGCCGUUGUCAUAUAUGCCACUCUUGCUUACUUUGCAGAGGUAGCUACCAAAGCAGAUACAUUCAGUAACAUUCCGUAUGCAAUAUGGUGGACCAUUAUUACCAUGACCACGGUUGGUUAUGGAGACUUUUUUCCACAAUCCUGGGCAGGAUAUGUGGUUGGAGUUAUCUGCUCUUUGUCUGGAAUUUUACUGAUUGCUAUGCCUAUUGCCAUUAUCGCGUCCAAUUUUGAUGCUUUUUAUUCAAACAUGCCAGCUGCCGAACAGCGAAUUCGAAGAAAACGUCUCAACGAUAUCGAGGCUGAAAGGUUGAAAUUAAGCUACAAUACUGACGCAGGUCCUCAUUCCUUAACACUGAAAACAGGCCAAUAUAAUCCACCGAGUUAUACUCCAACUGAUUGACAUCUCUGUUCUUGUGUCAGGAAGUGACUACCAGAUAUCUUUGAGGUGCAGGGGCUGAGUACUUGAGUCAAUGCUUUUCUAAUAAUCCAACUUGCAUCUGAUGGAAUAUUUGACGCAUUAUGAAAACGUUUUGGAUUUCAUUUAAAAUCGAACAUUCAACUGUUUAACGUUGCUUUGAACAGUAUGCCAUUAUAUCACAGCGUGUCACGUUGGUGUGGGAGAAAAGCCAGAUGGGAUACAUGCCUCAAAUAUUAACCACUCUGUUGGUGGGCGGUGGGGUGGCCUAGUGGUUAAAGCGUGCGCUCGUCACGCCGAAGAUCCGGGUU